GGAAGCCCGAGCCGGCCGCGCUCCGCCCCGGCGGGUCCAGCCCCCGCCCCCGUCCCCGCCGCCCGCUCCUUUUCCCGGGGCGCCCGCGCGGCCAGCUCAGACCUCCCGGCUCGACAGGCGGCGCGGGCGGCGGAGUUGAAUCCCUCUGGGGGUUUUCAAGUUGCUUUUGGACUGCUGGUUGUUGAAACAGAAACCCCUUUUGUGGGGUCCCCCAUAAACCCAGGCGCUGGUGCCCACCUCGUGGUGUGAAGGCUCCUGUAACACAACCUCACUCUCCUGGCCCCACACUGCUCACCUGCCCCACGGGACACAGCAAACAGGGAAGGUCCCAGGGCCAGGUUCCGGGCAGGAACACAGAGGGCUGUGAUGACAUCACCUUUACCCAGAGGCGGGAAGGACCGGGUCGGAGGCCUCGGGAGGGCAGAGACAGGUUUGCAGAGGAGACUCUUUUUUAAUUAGAAAAGUAAAAUGUCGGUUCCAGGACCUUACCAGGCGGCCACUGGGCCUUCCUCAGCGCCAUCUGCACCUCCAUCCUAUGAAGAGACAGUGGCUGUUAACAGUUAUUACCCCACGCCUCCAGCUCCCAUGCCUGGGCCAACUACGGGGCUUGUGACAGGGCCUGAUGGGAAGGGCAUGAAUCCUCCUUCGUAUUUUACCCAGGCAGCGCCCAUCCCCAAUAACAAUCCAAUUACCGUGCAGACGGUCUAUGUGCAGCACCCCGUCUCCUUUUUGGACCGCCCUGUCCAAAUGUGCUGUCCUUCCUGCAACAAGAUGAUCGUGAGUCAGCUGUCCUAUAAUGCCGGUGCCCUGACCUGGCUGUCCUGCGGGAGCCUGUGCCUGCUGGGGUGCGUAGCGGGCUGCUGCUUCAUCCCCUUCUGCGUGGACGCCCUGCAGGACGUGGACCAUUACUGUCCCAACUGCAGAGCUCUCCUGGGCACCUACAAGCGUUUGUAGGACUCAGCCAGACGUGGAGGGAGCCGGGUGCCACAGGAAGUCCUUUCCACCUCUCAUCAAGCUUCACACCUGGUGGAGGUUCUGCCCUGGUGGUCUCAUCUCUCCAGGGGGCCCACCUUCAUGUCUUCUUUUGGGGGGAAAUGUCGCAAAACUAACAAACCUCCAAACCCCAAAAAUUGCUGCUUGGAGUCGUGCAUAGGACUUGCAAAGACAUUCCCCUUGAGUGUCAGUUCAACGGUUUCCUGCCUCCCUGUGACCCUGAGUCCUCCCAUCUAACUGUGAUCAUUGCCCUCUCCUAGUAUCUUCCAGUGAUCUGCCAUCAGUGGCUCUUUUUUCCUGCCUCCGUGGGCCUUUCCGGUGGCAGUCUCAAACUGAGAAGCCACAGUUGCCUUAUUUUUGAGGCUGUUCUGCCCAGAGUUCAGCUGAACCAGCCUUUAGUGCCUACCAUUAUCUUGUCCAACUGUUCCCAUCCCUGAUGAUAAAGAUCUUGCCUUACAGACUUUACGGGCUUGGCUUUUAGAUUCUGUAACUUCAGACUUCAUUAGCACACAGAUUCACUUUAAUUUCCUAAUUUUUUUUAAGUACAAAGAGGGGCUAUUAACACCCAGUACAGACAUAUCCAUGAGGUCAUAAAUGCAUGCUAGAAAACUAGGGCUGGAUUUUAUCACUGCCCUGUCUCCCCUUGUUUCUCUGUUCCGGAUCUUUAGUGCCCCUUUCCUUACAGGGAUUUUUUUCUCAUAGGGUAAUUAUAUGAACAGUUUUUAUGACCUCCUUUUGGUCUGAAAUACUUUUGAACAGAAUUUCUUUCUUUAAAAAAAAAAACAGAGACGGGGUCUUACUGUGUUGCCCAGGCUGGUCUCGAACUCCUGGGCUCAAGUGAUCCUUCUGCUUUUGCCUCCCGAAGUGCUGGGAUUGCAGGCAUGAGCUACCGUGUGGGGCCUGAACAUAAUUUCAAGAGGAGGAUUUAUAAAACCAUUUUCUCUAAUCAUAUGAUUGGUGUCAUUUUCCCAUUUACCAAUGUAGUCUCACUUAAAAAAAAAAAGGAAAAGAAAUGGAUAAUUUCAUCCACUGUCUUUACUUGGGGUUGAUGUGGUUCUUAAACACCUUCAUCAUGGAACUCCCAAAGUGGGGUCCCUCUUGGGUUCCUGGUGGUGGGUUUUGAAAGAUAAGGGAAAGCACAUUUUGAGCAUAUUUGGGUACCAUGGUGCGGAACACGUGGGAACCAGAGCUGUUUCAGAGGAAUCUGAAGUCUGAUUUUAGUUUUCAGAGACACGGCUUGUUGUAAAACAUCAGAAGACAUGAUUUCCAGGACUCAAGCAGCGAGCCAGGAUUCUAGGUUGGCUGCUGUGUCAUCUUUGAAGUCAAGACAAAGCUGGGCUCGGCCUUCAAGAGUCCUCGUUUUGACCAUAAUUCAGCCUAGGGAACUCAUGUGAAUACUACUAUGUAAAAAUAAAACCUAGACCUUGAGCGAACAUCUGUAUAUUGGUUGAAAAUGAUAGUGGUAACCAUUGAUCACCCUUACUUCAUUUGACGUUUGGAAAAUUCCAGUAAUUAUCAUUUUUGCAAUGAAUAUGGAUACCACAUAGUACUUUGGUGUUACCUGCUUUUGAAAAAUAAAGUCUUUGGUUCACCCGGUGAA